CUUUACCUUUUGUUCAGUGUCUCAAGCGAGCUGCCAGUCGUUCGUGCAUCGCUUUCGAGUAUUUAGCGGGUUUCUCAGGCGCAAAUCGAUCGAGCUGAUCGUAUUGACCUAAAAGUUACUUGCUCUCCACUGGGAUCAGCGGGGACAAUCAUCUCUGUUUGAGCUGGAAACAAAAGCCAAACGCGGCGAUAAAAACAAAGGCAAAUACAUAAUAACAACGAACACCCAAACAGGCAUCGGGGCACACACGAUAUAUACACGCAACUUGUUAUAUUUAUCGCAACAAUAAACAAAGCUCUCGGCAGCGCCCCAAACCCAGCCCCCCAGUACCGGCGGCGUCCACACGGGACUGAGACGAAACGCGAAAUGGUAGCGCCAGGCGACUUCAGCAUGGCAGUCAUCUCGAGCCUUCUGGUGUGUUUUGCCCUCUCGGCCACUCUUUGCUCAGCCGGCACUCUAAACGCCAGACCCGCAUUCCCCGUACAAACCGGACAGAUCCAGCCCUCCGGCCAGAACGCCAAACAGCCCGGUAGACGCAUCAUGCAUCCCGCCUUUGCCAACGCUGGCCGCUCCGCCGGUCUGGAGAUCUGGCGCAUCGAGAAUUUUGAGCCAGUGGCCUACCCAAAGAAUAACUACGGAAAGUUCUUUACUGGGGACUCCUUUAUCAUUCUGAAUACCAUUGAAAACAAGAAAGAUAAGAAACUCUCCUGGGAUGUCCAUUUCUGGCUGGGAUCCGAAACAUCUACUGAUGAGGCCGGCGCAGCCGCUAUUCUCACCGUCCAGCUGGAUGAUCUCCUCAACGGAGCACCUGUCCAACAUCGCGAAGUCCAGGACCACGAAUCGCAGCUGUUCCUUGGCUACUUCAAAAAUGGCAUUCGUUAUGAGCAAGGUGGAGUCGGAACUGGCUUCAAACAUGUGGAGACCAAUGCCCAGGGCGAGAAACGUCUCUUCCAGGUGAAGGGAAAGCGCAAUGUGCGCGUCCGUCAAGUCAACCUCUCCGUCUCGUCGAUGAACAAGGGAGAUUGCUUCAUUUUGGAUGCCGGCAGCGACAUCUACGUCUAUGUGGGCGCCCAGGCCAAGCGUGUGGAGAAGCUGAAGGCGAUCAGUGCCGCCAACCAGAUCAGAGAUCAGGACCACAAUGGACGUGCCCGCGUUCAAAUUAUCGACGAUUUCAGCACCGACACCGACAAGCAGCAGUUCUUCGAUGUGCUUGGAUCCGGUUCGGCUGAUCAGGUACCUGAGGAGUCGACUGCUGAUGAGGACGGUGCCUUCGAGAGGACCGAUGCUGCGGCUGUGACCCUUUACAAGGUCAGCGACGCCAGUGGCAAGCUACAGGUGGACACAAUCGGCCAGAAACCUUUGACCCAGGCUAUGCUGGACACCCGUGACUGCUUCAUUCUGGACACGGGAUCCGGCAUCUUCGUGUGGGUUGGAAAGGGAGCCACCCCGAAGGAGAAAACCGAUGCCAUGGCCAAGGCUCAGGAGUUCCUGCGCACCAAGAAGUACCCGGCUUGGACCCAGAUUCACCGCAUCGUCGAAGGCGCCGAGUCCGCUCCAUUCAAGCAAUACUUCGCCACGUGGCGCGAUGCUGGCAUGGCCCACACUCGCCUCAUCCGCUCGGCUCUGGACAUCGGUUCCGACGAUUCGUUGGAUGUUGACGAGAUUGACGCGGUUGUGACUCAGCUUAAGAAGAGUGGAGGUCGCGCCAUCGGUUUCAUGCCUGAUCAUGGUCAGAACACCAUUGAAUCUAUUACCCAGUACGUGGGCAAGGCCGGUUCCAGCGAGGUCCUGGUUAACACCGUUCCCUUCGAGGACAAUCUUCCUCUGCUGGGUUUCGGCUCCUACGUUUUGUCUUACAGCUACGAGGCCAACAACGGAGACCAGGGUUCCAUUGUAUACGUGUGGCAGGGAGCAAAGGCCACUGUCGCCGUAAAGGAGCGCGCCUUCCAGGAAGGCCAGAACCUCGCCGCGGAAAAUGAUGCCUUGCUGGUGCUGACAACCCAGGGGCACGAGCCCCGUCACUUCUACAAGAUCUUCAAGGGAAAGCUGCUGGCCUCGUACACGGCUUUGCCGGUUACUUCGCAGCUGUUCCGCAUCCGCGGUACCGUGGAGAGUGACAUUCAUGCAAGUGAAGUGCCCGCCGACAGCUCAUCGCUGGCCUCCGGCGACGCCUUCGCCCUCGUAUCGGCCAAGUCGCAUAAGAUUUACAUUUGGAACGGACUGGGCGCUUCCGCUUUCGAGAAGAAGGCUGCUGUUGAGCGUUUCUCGAAUUACUGGGAUGACGCCGAAUUGGAGGAGCUUGAGGAGGGUGCUGAGCCUGAGGAGUUCUGGGAGGAGCUGAACGGCGAGGGCCAGUAUGAUCGCAGCCUUGGUGACAGCGGCGCGCCCCUGCUGGAGCCGCGUCUCUUCCAUUGCCGCAUUACUCCCCAGGGACUUGUGAAGGUCGAGGAAGUGGCUCAGUACGAGCAGGAGGACUUGGACACCGACGACGUAAUGCUUCUGGACGCUGGUGACGAGAUCUACCUGUGGGUGGGAUCUGGUGCCUCUGACGAGGAGAAAUCCAAGCUUCUGGAUAUGGCUAAGCGCUACAUCCGAGUGGAGCCCACCGCCCGUACCAUUGAGACCGUGAGCCUUAUCAGUGUGCCCCAAGGAAAGGAGCCUCGCGUCUUCAAGCGCAUGUUCCCCGCCUGGGAUGAUGACUAUUGGCAGAACCUUCCCGCCUACGAGGACGUCUUACGGCAGGUGUUCGAAGCCAACAACAAGGUGUAGAUCUAUCCAUUCAAUUCUCAGCGAAACUGACCAAAAAUUUGUUUGUUUUUGCCCAAAUCAAAUGUAACUUUAUUUUAACCGUAAAAUAAACGAACAAAUGUUCGGUUCUAUACUCAGAAUCCAUAUUAAUGAGCCCAAUAAAUAUAAAACCUAAUAAAUGUA